GCAAUGAAAAGUGCACAUCUACUCCCUUAUUUCAUCAUCCUCUCCCUCUACUGCGCUGCCUCUUGCCGAAUCCCGCCACAACAGAACAAGUGUGGUAAUUUCACUCUGCCACAAACCCUACUAAAUUACAUAAUGUGUUUGAGAGUUUAUAGGCAUACUUCGAAGUAGGGAGCCAUUACAUCAAAUAAUACAAAUAGGCGAUUAUUAGAUUCAUUACAGACCUGUAAUGUGGUAGGACUGAGAAGUAGACAGCUGUGAGUAACGGUCACCCUUUUACCCAACUACAGGGACUGAGCAAACCUUUAUGGAUGUUUGUGCAAAGUUUUUGUAGCCCAAGGAUGAAUUCUGGCCAGAUUUUGAGUCUAAAAAUCUAUAGGACAUCGUACACCUCUCAUUUUUUAGUUUCAAACAGAAUUGCAAAGACCUUCCAUUUCUGUCUCUUCCGAUGUGAGGUUGGCCGGAGGGGGAACGUCCAAGCGCAGAGGAAUUGGCCGAGGCUUGUUCGCAGUAUGCUUGCUCCUGAUGAUCUUCCUUCUCUGAUUGCUGCAUCUGUCGUCAGCGUUACACCAUUGGAAGGAAAUUGCCAGUGAUGAACUGAGAUUGCUCCCAUCCUUAUUGGAGUUGAUGAUGCUCUUUGGAAGUUUGCUGCAUCCCAGCAUAUGGAGUGGCAAGGUGUUUAGGACAUGCUUGAUUAGGGUAAGUCUGCCACUUUGGCUUAGGAGUUUAUGGUACCAUCCUUUAAGUUUGAUGUCAAAGAGUUUAAUGGCCAAGUUUCCCCCUCUAGUUUUAUAGUCCAGGCCAUGGAAAAGUUCUUGGGCUAGGAGAACUUGGUCAUGUAUCACCCUUCCUUUGAGAAAACCCCCUUGCUCUUGAGAUAUCAAAUUAGGAAGAAUUGCGCUAAUUCUUUGGGCUAGAAUUUUGGAGAAAAGUUUGCAGCAGAAGUUAGACAGACAGAUUGGUCUGAAAUCUUCACAAGGAGAUCUUCAUAGUGGAUAGGUUGAUGAAAAGUAAGUUGUCCAAGAUGUAUCCAGACACCAUGGGGCAGUUCCUCACUGGUAUCAACCUCAACACAAAUACGUGCAACAGAUGGCCUUGACAGGCUUGCUGUUGCAGCAUCAGUUUUCAGUGGUUUACCAAUCAAAUUGGCAAUGGAAUAUAAAGCCAGAGAAUCAAAAAGAUGAAUGGGAAGACCUUCAAGACUAAUCCAAACUGGAAUCAAUGGGGAAUCAAUAUUUGGAUCAAAAUCAUGAGUCCAACGGAACACUUUCAAAAUAAAGCCAUUAAUCUUCCAGUAUUUUCCCAGCAAGCAUCGCAGAAAGUCAUUCUCAGAUUCGAAAUUAAUUAAGAUGUGAGAUUCAUCUAGCAAACUUACAAUAAACUCCUUUUCAAAAGCAAUUCGUUCAAAGGCCUUACGGAUUGAGAUUAGGCAUGGUCUACCCUUGGUAAAUCGACCCACGAUUGUGCGAACAAACCUAGCAGACAAAUUGUUGAUUUCUUCAUCUGAGAAGGAUAUAGCCGGUUGGCCUUUGUAUUUCGUCGCUGGUUUGUAGUCGCCCUUGAUAGCUAUGUCGUUG